CAGUGGUAGCAUCAUCACUGAAGACGCCAUAUCUUUCGGCGUCCCACGCUUACGGAAUACACUCGUGAGAUACGUUCUUUGUUAUUUGGCGUCCAGUUAUCAAGCAUCAGUGCGAAAAUGUCGUACAAGGGGCCGCAGAAAGUCCAGAAGGUGAUGGUCCAGCCCAUCAACCUCAUUUUUCGCUACCUGCAGAACCGCUCACGCGUGCAGGUCUGGCUGUUCGAGAAUGUGAACCUACGAAUUGAGGGACACAUUGUCGGCUUUGACGAGUACAUGAACCUGGUUCUGGACGAUGCUGAGGAGUAUCAUCAGAAGACGAAGAAUAGGAAGCCACUCGGACGAAUCAUGCUGAAGGGCGAUAACAUCACGUUGAUACAAAACACCAAUCCCACGGCGAGCUAAGGAGGGAACAUAACCUCAAUCCGGCAUCAGAAUCGGCGGGCGUCGGUUCAGAAGCCGACUACGAGUCGGAGUCUCAUUUUGGACUCAGGGAGAUUGUUGAAAAUUGAUAACUUUCUAAGCGUGCGAGAAAAAUGUAUCGCGUGAUUGAUGAAUGUAUCAAUGAAGAUUUGUAUUGGUUUAUUCUCUAGAUACAAAGUUUUACUUUAUGUGAGACUUGAUGAAUGCGAGAUUAAAAACUGUUGUGAGAAAAGGACUUUGAUUGUUUACAUAAACAUACAUCCCGCUACUUAAUUUAUGCAAACGAAUAGUUUAAUGAUAUAGAAUUGCGUAUUGUGAAUCCUGUCUGAGAACAUAAAUGUCAUCUUGGUUUAUACAUUGCAUCAUAAUUUGAUAUUUGUGAAAAAUGUGUUUUGUACGUAGCCACGAAAGUGAUAGAUGAAAUGAACAGAAUGUAUAUAAACAAUUUAUUAAAUAGUUUUAUAUUC